AUGGAUCAGCAAAUUCAGGUUACAGCAAUGCAACCAUCUGCAGAUGGACAGCAACAACAGCAGCAGCAGCAACAACAGCCACUGCAGCAACAGCUUGUGAUGCAAGCACAGGGACUCCCACUUCAGUGGCUGCAGGGAAACCAGUUCCCUAUACAGGGACAACCACAGAUCAUACAAAUAGGACAGAAUCAGAUGUUACAAGGUCAGCAGAUCCUGCUUCAAGCAUUCUCCCAAGGUCAACUGCUCCAAGGUCAACAACUUCAAGUCCAAGGUCAAAAUGGUCAAUUUUCUCAGGUACCACAGUUUCAGUUGUUGGCUCCUGGGGGACAACAAAUCCAAAAUUCUUUACAAGCCCAACAACAAAUAUUUCAACAAGCUGCCAGUCAGGGCACCGGUCAGAUAAUGGCAUUUCAAGGUCAGCCUGGUCAAGUUCUAGGUCAGCAACAGUUUGGUGGUCAGUUAGUGCAGACUCAAGAUGGCCAGACCAUUCUGUACCAGCCUCAGCAACAGCAGAUUCUGCAGACAGGGGCAGACGACUCCACUAAUAAUCAGUUACAAAUUCCACAAGUACAACAGUCCCAAGCCACUUCUUCUACUGUGCCCUCUGUCUCUCCACAAGCUGCUAGCCUACAACAGAUGCUUCAAGCAGGGCUCGUACAAGGCAAUGGCCAGAUUAUACAGGGUGGCCUCCAACAGAUGACACAACUACAACAAAAUGGAGCCACACAACUGGUACAGAAUGCAAUGCCACAGAGUAGUUCUCCUCAAAUGUUACAAGCCGGGGGAAUGCCACAGGCCAGUGCAGCACAAAUCUUACAAACAGCGCUACAACAGAACAGCAUAGGUGGACAAGUAAUACAGUCUGGGGGGCAGGUUUUACAAGCAGGGAUGCCACAGACAACAUCACCUAGUGGCUUACAGCAGUCGUCUGGGGAGACCAAUUCCCAGGAAACCACUGUGGCACAAAUGUUACAGCAAGGUUUACAGCAAACCAACGGACAGAUUGUGCAGCAGACCAAUGGAACAACAGUACCACAGGUUUUACAAGGUUUACAGGCACGUGGCAUGCUGCAGAUGGGCGCCAACAGUAACCAGCAAAUUAUGGUUUUGAAUGGAAAUACACUACAGCGGAUGCCAAUACAGACACAACAAGUGACAUCUGAUGAGGAACCCCUGUACGUCAAUGCUAAGCAAUACCAUCGCAUCCUCAAACGUAGACAGGCUCGAGCAAAGCUGGAGGCUAGUGGCAAAAUCCCUAAACAGCGACGGAAAUAUCUGCAUGAAUCUCGACAUAAACAUGCCAUGAACAGGAGUCGUGGUGAUGGUGGUCGCUUCUACUCUCUCAUCAAACAAGAACCUGAUGAUUCACAGGAAUUUAAACAAGAACCCGAGGAUUAUCCAGAUGAAGUCCAUGCAGAAGUGGCUGAAUUCUUAGGGUUACAGACUAGUCAUCAUCAACCUGUGGCUAUAGCAGCAAAACAAUCGAGCUGAUGAUACAUGUCACCUCGCUCCUGAUUGGCUUACCUGUCAGCUGGCUGGACCAGUUGACCUUACUUGUCCAAUGUUUGCUCACU